CCCCGGGGCGACAGAAAGCUUCAUGUCCCGGCAGGUCUCAGAUAUUUGAACCCUCUGCUGCACAGAACAUGAGGAACGCAGACUACAGUGAACGUCACAUGAAACCAGACCGUAGCAUCGCAGACUGUAAGGUUUUUAUUUCAAUUGUGCGCCCACACAUUUCAAAGUCAGGUUGUCAGUCCGGUCUCGUGGUACUCACAUACCAGUCUUCUUCUGUCCUUUAAUUGUAGGUCUGUAGCGAGACUCGGGAGUGGCUUUCGGUGACCUGAGGGUGCGCCCUGAGUGGCUCACAAAGACACACACACCGACACCGACACACACACACACACACACACACACACACACACACACAGAUCGGCUGCGCAAUGAUCGAGGCUGCGCGCAUAGGUGUAUGUGGGACAAUGGGUGUGUAGCGACAGAGGAGAUAAAACAACAAAACAAACAGUCUCUCCUGGACUACUUUUAUUCUAUCUGUAAGCAAUAUAAUGACUAAGCGAGUCAGACCCGGAUAUUACCGCCAAGAAGUGAACAAAACGUCAUGGGAAGUACCGGAGCGGUACCGGGAGCUGAAGCAGGUGGGGACCGGAGCGUACGGGACGGUGUGCUCAGCAGUCGACGUCAGAUCAGGAAGCAAAGUGGCCAUCAAGAAGCUGUACAGACCUUUCCAGUCGGAGCUGUUUGCCAAGCGAGCGUUCAGAGAGCUGAAGCUGCUAAAACACAUGAAACAUGAGAAUGUGAUCGGCCUGUUGGACGUGUUUACCGCUGACCUCUCUGUCGACAUGUUCAAUGACUUUUACCUGGUGAUGCCGUUCAUGGGGACGGAUCUGGGGAAGUUGAUGAGGCUGCAGCGGCUGUCGGAGGAAAAGAUUCAGUAUUUGGUUUAUCAGACGCUCAAAGGCCUGAAGUAUAUUCAUUCUGCCGGGAUAAUCCACAGGGACCUCAAACCAGGAAACCUCGCUGUCAACCAAGACUGUGAGCUCAAGAUCUUGGACUUUGGUUUGGCGCGGCAGGCGGACAGCGAGAUGACGGGCUACGUGGUGACUCGCUGGUACAGAGCCCCGGAGGUCAUCCUGAGCUGGAUGCACUACACUCAGACCGUGGAUAUCUGGUCAGUGGGCUGCAUCAUGGCUGAGAUGCUGCAAGGAAAACCUCUUUUUAAAGGCAGCGACCAUCUAGAUCAACUCUCUGAGAUCAUGAAGAUCACAGGAACACCGACGCAGGAAUUUAUAUCCAAACUAGAAUCUGAGGACGCGAAAAGCUACCUCAAAAGUCUUUCAAAAGAGGAAAAGAAAGACCUCCACAAGGUGUUUUCCUCGACUAAACCACAAGCCGUGUCUGUGCUGGAGCGCAUGUUACUGCUGGAUCCGGAGCAGAGGGUGACGGCUGCAGAGGCGCUCUCGCUGCCGUACUUCAAAGAGUUCAGAGAACCAGAGGAGGAGACGGAGGCUCAGCCGUACGACCACUCGAUAGACAACACUGACAUGCAGCUGAAUUUGUGGAAACGUCACACCUUCACAGAGAUCCUGACCUUCAAACCCGUAAUGCCUGAAUCAAAAGAAACCUCGCUGUGAGACACGAGGAGAGGAUGCACCAGAACAUGUCUUUGUCAUAACAUGUCAUUCCUAACAGGGCUCAAACUCUUUGAUCACCAGUCUUAAUAAAGCCAACAGAUCCAGUUUACAAUUCUCUAAAACUUUCCAGGUGCUGGUUUAUCUUUAAACAUCAUGUAGCUCUGGUAGCUUGUUUCUAUCCUUUGAUAAUUAACUCAGUUUUUGGAGUUUCUUCUCUGAACGUAGUCCCUCCUCAACUGUGUUUAAACUCCAGUUGUACAAAUACUUCGAGAGAUACAUUCCCUACUAGAGACCGACCGAUAAAUCCACCAGCCGAUAAUAUCGGCCGAUAUUAGCAUAUCAAGUGGCUAUCGGUAUCGGCUAAUUUGAGCACAGAUAUGCGCCGAUAUUACUAGAUUUAUUCACCAGUCAAAUAGCAUUUCAUUUGAGUAUCAUUGUAUAACACUAGCAGCUCUCUUUUACCAGCAGAAGGCGCUAUAUGGAUUACAACAAACAUUAUCACUCUCCAGGAUGUCAAGCGAUGAUGCACGUACAUGCUCAGUUACUUUUCAGUUGAGUGACCAUCUUGUCUUCGUUAUAAAUCUUUUCAACACGUUUGAUAACUGCAUUUGACGGAUUAACACAAUAAAUGUGUAUAUCUAUAUCUAUCUAUCUAUAUCUACAGAUCAAAGAUAGAUCUAAGAAAGAUCUCGGCUGAUAUAUCGUUAUCAGACCCCCCCAUACCGAUAUCAGACCUCAAAAUCCCUUAUCAAUCGGGCCCUAAUCCCUUCUGACCAGCUGGAACGUUCAGGCUGUUUACACCUUGUAUCAACAUUAUUCCUGCGUGCUCUGAUAACAAGUGGACAGAACAUAAGCAUGUGCGUUUACACUUUGCAUUAACAAUGCCUCUCUGUUGAGUACUAGAGAUCGGAACUUACAAAAGCGCCUGCACAUCAUUUCAGUUUAUAAAGUUUGAAUGAGGCGGUAUUGUUCUCCCAGCUCGUCCUUGAAGAUCCCGUAUUCUCCUCAUGUUAACCUUUCAUGUUGUCAGACUGAAACCCUUAGAGCAGCUUUACAUGAUUAGCAGCUCAAAAACCUCCUUAUUCAUCUAAAACUGGCGUCAGUAAAAACCCUCAUUUCAGCCUGAAACAGUUUGUUCAGCUUCUGUCUCUUUAAGCCCCUCCCCCCCUCUCCCCAUGUGCCCACUUUCUUCUGAUUGGCCAGCUCCUUGGAAGCCUUCCAGGGGCAGAAUGCUGCAGGGCUGCAAGGGGAAGGCAGCUCUCCACUGCUAAGAGGUUUCACCAGCUUAUGUAGAGGCUUGAAGCUGUCUCGUGAAGUUCUUGGUUUCAUAUCCAGGAGCUGUCACAACAAGCUGUUUAGCGCCCUCUACAGACGUAUCCUGGAAUUACGGCAACAUACAUUUACCUCAUGAUCUGAAGCUUUCCCCAUGUUUAGUAUGUGCAUUGUAACACAAUAUGUGAGCUUUGAAAAUGGGGAUAAGAAUAAUAGGUCAAUUGUAAUGCUGCGCAGGACACAUUAGCUAUUUCACUACUAAAUCAAUCUAUGUGGUCUGAGCUCUCAGAUCAUCUGCAGGAUGCAUCGGGGUGCGUUCACAACGAGCAUUAAGGCAGUCCACAUGCCAUCAGAUCACCCAGGACGGAGGCAAAACUACUGAGGAUUAGGAAAGAAAAAUAUCAAAUCUGUAUGCACUGAUUUUUAAACUCUGGGAAUAGAUUUACAAAAACCUUUUUAAUUUGAGUCUUACUUGGCUCCAAAUUAAUGCAAGUUGUAAACAGCCUCAAAGCACACAUGGUAGACAUGUUUUACUUUUGCCAAAACUACUUAUUGUCAAACUGAGAGUCUGUUGAAGCUCUCUGUUGGCUUGAUUUGACGAAUCAGUUUGAUGUAAACAGAAUCACUUAGAUGUAACAGAUUCAAGACUCAAGUUAAAAUCUUUGUGACUUACUUUGAGAGAUUUUUUUGUGAUGGAUUGUAUCAUCAAUUGGCUUUAUGUUUGGGACUGUGUGUCCUUGAGAGACAUGUGAUUGGAUUUAUUGUGACGUCCUUGUGUGUCUGUGCGUGUGUGUAGUCUGAAUGUCUGCCCUGACCUCGUCUUUCCUCCGAGUGGCCUUAAAGAUAACGACAGAACAAAAAUAUGUCUGAGUUUCAAUAAAAACAAAGAUCCAGCCCAGCAGACUGUACACAAACAUUCACACUUUGAGUUUAUAACACAUGUUUCUUCUUCUAUCUUUUUCUUUAUUUUAAGCACAAAGGAGCCAAAACCACAUGUGGGUCUUGGUCGAUGUUUGCAUUAAAGUUUCAUCUCCACUCUUGUGAUUUUGUAAUAAAAAAUUAUCUCUGGUAUUA